GAAAUCAGGCUGCUGCAGCUUGUAAUGGCGACCUCUGGAGAAGGCAGUAACCCCAGUGGCAGAGCAAUACCCUGGCCCCUGGCACAGCUGUGGGAGCUUGAGCCGAGGGUGGCCCGCCGCCGCCUGUCCCAGGCCCGCCACCGAGCCACCCUGGUGGGGCUGUUCGGCAACCUCCGGAAAAUGGUCUACUCCCAGUCUGAUCUCACAGCCUCAAAGUGGCAGGUUUUGAAUAAGGCGAAGAAUCAUAUUCAGGAGCUGGAGCAAACCUUGGACAAUCUUCUGAAGAUGAAAGAAUCCUUCAAGCUGGAGGACGGGAAUGCAAACAGCUUAGAGGAGGUCAAGGCAGAAUAUGCCAGCAUGUACUCUGGAAAUCACAGCCUGGUCUCAAAUAAGUUUUGUCAUAAUGGCUCUGCCAACUGGUGCCCAAUUGAGGCAGUUGGGAAGGAUGCUGAGGGGGAGGAAGAGGAGGAAGAAGAGGGGGAAGACCAAGAAGAGGAGGAAGAGGAGGAAGAGGAAGAAGAGGAAGAGGAAGAAGAGAAGAAAGUGGAGCCCUUACACUCUCCAGUCACCUUGUUGCCAGACCUCAUGGAAUUUGAACGGUAUCUCAACUUUUACAAACAGAUGAUGGACCUUCUGAUCGGGAAUGGGAUUGUCUCCUCACAGGAGGUGACACUCCCCAUCAUCUCUGCAGCCAUCUCCCACCUGUGGCAGAACCUCUCUGAGGAGAGGAAGACCAGUCUCCUGCAGGCCUGGGCACAGAGGAACAGCGGCCUCCUGGGCCUUGCCGGUACCUAUCAGGAGGCAGGCUGUGCCGAGGGCAGCGUGAAGGACAGUGGGGUUGACAGCCAAGGAGCCAGCUGCUCACUCGUCUCUACCCCAGAGGAGAUACUCUUUGAAGAUGCCUUCGAUGUGGCAAGUUUCCUGGACAAAAGUGAGGCUCCAAGUACUUCUAGCUCUAGUUCAGCAUUUGCCGGCAGCAACCCAGAAAAUCCAGAGGAGAAGUUUCAGCUCUACAUGCAGAUCGUCGAUUUUUUUAAAGGCCUUUGCUGCGUUAACACUCAGAUAAAACAGGAACCAGACCUCCCCGUUGAUGAUGAGAUGAUCAUGUUGAGGUGCAUGGAGACCUUCGAUGAUGAAGACCUGUGA